AUGAAUUUUUUAACAGAAAUUGUGAACUUUUUAAAUCAGUACUGGCUGUUUGUUUUACUAAGUGCCAUUCCAUUAAUCUACUGGUACUCUACGAGAAACUUUGAUUACUGGUCAAAACGUGAGCGAAAGGACAACAAGGAAAACAAACAUUUUAGCGAUAUGUUGCAGUUAAUGGUAAAUGCCGAGCACAAUGAUGAUACUCUAAAUAAGACUUUUCAAGAAGAUUUGGUUAACCAAGUAGAUGGCCAUCACGUUAAUGCAGGUGUCGAUGAACUAAAUCGUGAACAUCAAGAGUUGAAAAGCUUUAUUGGCUCAAAAUACCUAUCAGAAGAAGAAAUAAUGAGUCAAGCUAUGGUUUUCUUUCUAGCUGGUUAUGAAACAACUGCAAGUACACUUUCUUAUGUUUUGUUUGAGUUGGCCACCAAUCCAAAGAUUCAGCAAAAACUGUACGAGGAAAUUGUUGAGGCGAAAAAAGAAGAUCCGUCUUUAUCUAGCCAAACUCUUUCCAAGCUGCCUUAUCUUGACGCAGUUUUGUCUGAAGGUUUACGAAAAUAUCCCCCUGCUCUUAUUCUCGGUCGUGAAGCCAUGGAAGACUACUACAUUCCGGAGUUAAAGUUGACUCUUAAAAAAGGUCAAGUAGUGUUUGUUCCCGUUUAUGCCAUACACCACUGUGAAGAAUUUUUCCCCAACCCUGAAGUGUACGAUCCAGAACGAUUUAUGCCUGAAAACCGAGACAAGCUGGUCCCUUACAGCUACAUUCCAUUCGGAGCAGGUCCUCGAAACUGCAUCGGCAUGAGAUUCGCUCUUACAGAGGCAAAAAUGGGACUUUCACAAAUGCUGAGCCAGUUUGAAUUUGUCAAAAAUUCUAAAACGACUGACAAAUUGACUAUUUUAAGUAGUAAUGUUCUCUUGAAAACUUCUCCAAUUAAUCUAAGUGCUGUCAAAAGAAGUUAA